AUGGCCGACUCGGAUGAGGAAUAUGUGGGGAGCGUCACCGACGAUGAAGAUGAUCUCCAGGUGACUCGGACGGACCAGACUCAGCCACGAAAGAGAAAGCAACGUGGAGCGGCGGAAUGGGAGCUGUCUCGUACUUGGGAGACUCUGGUUGAGGGCGCCGAUGGAACCAUCAGCUCGACAGUUGAAGGACUGCUCGAGGCGAGCAAGCGCAAGAGGCUGCUCAAAGAUACUACGCCUCUACAACGAGGUAUCAUACGACAUCUCAUUCUUAUCCUCGACCUCUCACAAUCCAUGUCCGAAAAAGACCUUCGGCCAACACGAUACCUCCUGACUCUACGAUAUGCCCAAGAAUUUGUGCGGGAAUUCUUUGAGCAAAACCCCAUCUCGCAACUUGGUGUUCUGGGACUUCGAGACGGACUCGCGGUUCGAGUUAGCGAUAUCAGUGGCAAUCCAACAGAACACUUGACCGCGAUCCAGGAGCUCAAGACUCAGGAUCCAAAGGGCCUCCCUAGUCUACAGAAUGGCUUGGAAAUGGCCCGCGGUGCUCUCUUCCACACACCUAGCCAUGGUACUAGGGAAGUCCUCGUCAUCUUCGGCUCCCUUCUCUCCUCCGACCCCGGCGAUAUCCACCAAACUAUCAACACCCUGGUCACCGACAAAGUCCGUGUCCGGAUCGUCGGUCUUGCCGCUCAAGUCGCCAUCUGUCAAGAGCUAUGCAGCCGGACAAAUCGAGGCGAUGAAACGGCAUAUGGAGUCGCGCUCAACGAGCAACAUUUCCGGGAGCUCCUGAUGGACGUGACGACGCCACUAGCAACCCAGAAGCAAUCGGCGAGCUCGCUCCUAAUGAUGGGCUUCCCCUCACGUACCGUGGAACCCACCCCUUCCCUAUGUGCAUGCCACUCGAGGCCCUCUCGAGGUGGCUAUCUGUGUUCGCGCUGCGGGAGCAAAGUGUGCAGUCUGCCCGCCGAGUGUCCGUCCUGUGGCCUCACGCUAAUUCUUUCAACCCACCUUGCGCGCUCCUACCACCACUUGUUCCCUUUGAUGAACUGGGUGGAGGUACCCUGGCGCCGUGCCUCGAGCACCGCCUGCUUUGCUUGUGGACUUCCCUUCCCAGCGGUACCACCAGAGGAUCAGUGGUCGGUAACGGAGAAUCAUGCUAAAGGCAUGAGUGUCAGCAGUCGCUACCAGUGCACAGCAUGCCAGAACCACUUCUGCAUUGACUGUGAUCUUUUUGCGCAUGAGGUCGUUCACAAUUGCCCCGGAUGCCAAAGUCACAGCGUCCAGGCGGUCUCCGAGGGGAUGGAUACUACUACUUGA